ACAAAAUCCAUAUCACCCCACAAGCAAUCCAACUACUCCUAAUAGCUUCAGAUCAAGUCGCACAAGUACUCUUAGUCGGGAUGUCAGCUUUAUUUCGUUCGAUGACGGCCAUCCGGUCGAGCCUGUGGGCUGGACCUUCUACCACCGGAUCUCUCCGAGCAGACCUUGCCGGUUUCCCAAGCCUUAACUCACAACAAGUAAGAACGGCUACGAAACGAGGAGGAGGGUCUUCCAAGAACGGCCGUUCCUCCGCAGGUAGACGGUUGGGAGUCAAGAAGUUUACCGAUCAAUACGUACUACCCGGUCAGAUUAUCGUGCGACAACGAGGGACGCAGUUCCACGCUGGGCAGAACGUUGGGAUCGGCAAAGAUCACACCCUCUACGCCCUCCAACCGGGUUACAUCAAAUUCUACUCCUCCUCCCUCCCCUUCCCGCACCCCUCAACCUCGCCUAUCACGUCCGCCCUCUCAUCAACCGCCUCGCCAGACUCACCCGACUCUUCCCCAUCCGACCAGACCGCCGCGGGGUUCAAACAAUCCUUGAUAAAACGCCCGAGGGAGAAGAAACAGUACAUCGGGGUGGUGAAUGCGCGGGAAGAGAGGUUGCCUAGGGAUCUGAGUGCGGAGGGACGGGGGAGGGAGAGGCGGUUUUGGGGUGUCGAGCGGGCAGGGCAGGAGGCUGAGGUUCAGAUUUAGGACUUGGGGAGGGGAGCACGGUGUAUCAUAUCACUACAGCAUGGAUCGGGUUCGAUGGUCGAUUCGAUGCACACACAUGAAACCUGGAAUGGUAUGAUGAGCGCGGAUUGAUGUAAAGAGAAGAAGGGUUGAGGCGUAUCAGCGCGAU